GCCGGGACAAGCUUCUGUUUUCGUAGUUUUUACCCAGUCUUCGGGCCCUGCAUGUCUUGCGGGCGACCGCGAGCGUGGGAAAACCAGCCCACGUCUCCAGCUGUGCGCCGCGGCCGCGAAGUAGUUGUAUUUGACCGAUUCCGUUGUUUUCCUCGGAGUUAAAACCACAAAGGAGGGGCUUUGAGAGUUCUUGAAAGUGUCGAGGCCGGAACGCGCCGAAGGUAGCAGCGAGAUUUCCGGGUUUGCUGCCAUUUCAGGCGUUGUGCUCUCUGGCGUGGGUUGAGUUUACCAGGCAGCCCCGACGUGAUCUUGUGAGGGACGGUGUGCUUUUCGAGGCGGCUCAAGGCGUCUUCUGCGGGCGAAGCUGGAUUUUUUCAUCUUUCAGGAGCUUAUAUCGCCUGUUCUAUCCGAAGCCAUGCAAGUCGCUUCAGAGAACCAUGGCGCAGGGAGCUCUGUCGCUCCCGGCAGUUGCCCAACACCCGAGUGUACAUACGCCGCAGUUCUCUGCUGCAUCUGCGGUUGCAGCAUCCCGCCUUCCCCCCGGAGUAUCUGUCUGUCGUGUCUGGCGCAACAGGUGGACAUCACUGAGGGCAUUUCUCGGUCGAUCGUUCUGCCGUGCUGUAGAACAUGUGGCCGGUAUAUGCACAUUCAGAACAAAUGGCUUGCGUGUGAGCUCGAAUCCAGGGAACUGAUGGCCGUUUGUCUCAAGAAGGUUCGCGGCCUGAAGAAAGUCGAGAAAAUUGUGGACUGUCAGUGGCUGUGGACGGAGCCGCACAGCAGACGUGUGAAGAUGAAGCUCACAGUCCAGAGCGAUGUGCUAGACGGUCGUGCUGGUCUUCAGCAGUCCCUCAUCAUUGAAGGCGUCAUCCAGAAUACGCAGUGCGAUGAGUGCAAAAAGUCCUACACGCCUCACGCGGGCUGGACGGCGAUGGUGCAAGUUCGGCAGCAUGCGGAGCACAAGAGAACUUUCCUUUUCCUCGAGCAGCUGGUGUUGAAGCACCGGCUGGCGGCGCGCUUGCUGAACGUCGUUGAGAAGUCGGACGGUUUGGACUUCCACUUUCCGAGCAGGCAAGCGGCGCUCCACUUUGCGGAUUUCUGCCAGUCGCGCUUCCCAUCUGUGUCUCGACAAGCUAAGCAACUGAUCAGCCACGAUGCGAGCAGCAACAUUUACUACCACAAGUACACCAUCAGCGUUACCCUCGCUCCUGUGUGCAAGGACGACCUCGUCUACAUCCACCGGAAGCAGGCGCAAGCGCAGCUGGGGGGAUUCACGAACCUUUCGCUUUGCACGCGCGUGGCUGGCGCGGGAAUCCAGUUGACAGAUCCGUUUUCGGGUAAAGUCCUGAACGUCAGUCCAGAAAAGUACUGGAAGUCUCCGUUUCAGCCGCUCUGCACCCGAAAGCACUUGUCUUCGUUCCUCGUCCUCGACGUGAACCCCGUAGAUCGUCCCGGGUACUCUCAGACGGAGUCAGGUUCUCGGCGGGAUGUGCCCCGAAAGGGGAAGGGCCGGGCGACGCGGUCAGAGCCUGAGGGUGACGAAGACGCCGAAAUGUUUGCCGGGCUUCAAACCACAGGCCGCGCGCGAGGGGGGUUUGGUCAGGCGGACCAAGAGGCUGUCACAGGGCAGAGAGCACAUGGAAAGAGAAAGAAGAAACGAAGAAACAGCAGCCCCACGAGCCAUGGCGGCGAGACCAUGUGGCACUCUAGUCGCCCCGAAGGCGGCCGAACAGUGCCUACAACCAGUGGAAAGGCUUCGACGCGCUUGGCGGGUUCGACGCCUUCGACUCCUCUGGUGUAUGAAGUGGAGUUGGCGCGGGCCUCCGACGUCGGCGUCUCUGACCGCCGAGUUGUCACUUACACCCACUUGGGCCGGUUCCUCAGUGCAGGGGACUGGGUGAAAGGGUACGACCUCCGAAGCAUCAAUUUGCCGGGGGCGGCGGACAACGAACUGGAGCGGGACGCGGGCGGGUGUCGGGCGUCUGCGACGGCGGGCAAAAAAGGGCGGCGGAGAGGCGGGAAAGAGAGCCGAGAGGACGCGGGCAACAUGGAAAGCGACGACGACUUUUCGAAUCCCGCCUCGCUCUUGAAGCACGAGGAAAACCAGGAACAGGGCCUUGCCGCAUGCGUACGCUGGGAGGUGGUGAUCGUGAAGAAGGUUCCGGCACAACAGAUGCUAAGUGAAGGCCCGGCAGACGGAGCUGCGCGAGGCGCGAAGGCGGGACGCAUCCGGCCGUGGGUUUUGCAAACGCUGCGGAAGGAACGCGACACAGAGAGCGGCCAAAGUGGGAAGAGGCGCGGCGGCCAACGGGGCGACGACGGCGGCAUGGAGGCCGAGCUGGAAGAGUUCAAGGAGGAACUGGAAGAAGACUCCGAGAUGCGAGCCCAGGUGAACUUGUGGAAGGAUCCGCGGUACACGUCGCAGGCGAGUCGGGACAAGAAGAAGGCGCAGAAAGACGGGAAGAAGAGGGACGGGAAAACAGGAAAGGGUGCAAAGGCCGGGGCACACCCGACCGAAGCGACGCACAAGGAGGCGGGCAAAGCACGUGCAGGCGACGAGAUGGAACCCGACGAUAGCGGCGAGUACGAAACCUACUCUGAGGAGGAGGAUGACAGCGAGGAGCUGGCCCAGCUGAUGGAAGGGCUGACCCUCGAAAACGGAGUCCUGAAGGGAGUGACGGUGGAACCUGGUGCGCGCCUGACACAUGAAGGAGACGACGACGGAGCGCCGAACAGCGAUGGAAAGAGUGCAGAGAAAUGGGCUGUGUCGGGCUCUACCUCGAGCAACAUGAACAUUGGAGACGACGGUGAUCUGUGAUGGCUAACGCGCGAAGUUGUGGCACGGUGUCAGAAUGAUUUUUUCACAGGGAAAAAGAAUCUCUGUUGUAAGGCUGGAGGAGAAAGGUGGAGUGGGAAGGAUCUCUUCUCUUGGAAGGCGUUGCUCUUUCCCGUUAUUCUCUGGCAUAGUAAAGGAACAUCGCUCGUUUCCCUUCUGUCCCCGUUUCUGAAUUUUCCUAACUGGUAUUUACACACUGGCCAAUACGAAAUGAACUGUCGGCCAUCGAUGGAAACAUGGCGUUCACUGAAGCGAACGUC